AUGGGGUGUUCUGUCACAAAAACAAAGGUAGAUGAGAAACUUAAAACACUUACAACAGACAAAUUCGAAUCAUACUUGAUAACUCAAAGUCAUUUUCAAUCACCUCCAGUACCACUAAGAAAAUAAUAUUCUAUCGAAAAGAACCCAAUUAUUUAAAGAAGAAGAUUAAAGUCUUAACAAAAGACAAGGACUACUUCAGUCAUUGACAAAUAGGAAUUUUCUGUUUGA